GUUGAAAGCCGAAGCCGGGAUAGGAAAAGCAUAAAACAAGUGAACAGCAAAGAGUAAAUCGGAAGUUUGAAGAGUUAUCUUAGAGCAUCUUGAAAGUGUGUUGUUGGGAAGAGCAAACAUCCACCUAGAAAAUAAAGUAAAAAAAAAAGAAAAGAAGUGUCGGAAGAGGAAAAUCCCAAGAAGGCACCGGGCAAAAGUGCAACGCAGAGCAACUGAACAAACGAAGCGACUACUUUGGGAACAGAGUGAAGUGAGUGGUUGUGUGUUUAUUUUCGUUGUCGGCGAGCCUCACCUCGGAGUCCGGAGGAAGUUAAGCUCGAAAAGUGCAAACAAGCAGCAGAAUGUGGAAGUCUACGGCGGCAGUAAUACUGGUGGCAGCGGCAGCGGUACUUUUGAUUGAGGCCAGCCAUGCAAAAGAAGCCACACCCACUCUAGUCGACACAGAAGCCUCCGCCCGGCAGAGCAAAGCCGUAUCGUCACACUGUCCGCGAUCAUGCCCACCGGCGACGACCCCGGUGGAUCCGGUCUGCGGAUCGGACGGCCUGAUCUACGCCAACAUUUGCGAGAUGAAGAAGAAGACCUGUACCAAGAACGCUCCGAACAGCGUGACCGAGGACAAAGAUGGGUGCGAGCGAGCCAAGGGAUCCCCCUGCAGUCAUCGCUGUCCGACGGAGAAGGAUCUGGUGUGCGGAACCGACGGUCGGACGUACCUGAAUCGCUGUAUGCUGCGAGUGCAGGCCUGCCGAGUUGGUCCCGCCGCCGUAUCUAUAGCUCACGUGGGACCCUGCGCCAACGGAAGCAUCAUCCGAGAAUCGUGUCCAGUGGAUUGCAACAGUGCCCCUCAAGAUGGACCGGUUUGCGCGUCGGACGGUAAUGUGUACAACUCCACCUGUCAGAUGAAGCUCAUCACCUGCGGACAGGGUGUGGUCAGAACAAGCCGGAAGCACUGCCAGAGCACCCGUAACUGCCGGGAAUCCUGCUGGAGAGUUGCCCGCCCAACGUGUGGAUCCGAUGGCCGCCUGUAUGCCAGUGCCUGUAAGAUGCGAUCGACCAACUGUGGCAAGCACGUCUUCGAAGUACCGAUCUCGUACUGUAUGUCCCAGGAACGUGCUGGAGGAAGCUCGUCGGCCGCCACCAACAAGAUAGAGGACUGCCCUACGGAUUGCUCUCGGGAAGCUCAGCAGAUGAUCUGUGGAAGUGACGGAAAUGUGUACACUUCGAUGUGUGAAUUGAAGAUGCUGAACUGUGGACAACGCAAGAAGAUCCAGGCCGUGACGAUCGAUCGCUGCAAGCAGAAGAUGAGCCGUUGCAAAUCUAUCCCGGCCUGCAAGCAUCACAGCAAGAACAGUGCAUCGAUGUUCGGAGAUCAGAAGGACCUACUGUGCGGUACCGACUCGCGGACGUACAACAACGAAUGUGAACUGGCUAGAGCCACAUGUCUGCGUGGAGUCCAGAUGGCUCACAUCGGAGCCUGCACCCAGCUGAAGUCCAAGACCGACAUCGUCGAUUGCUCGGGUUGCAACUACGACGAAGACCAGGUUGGACCAAUCUGUGGCUCCGACGGAAACACCUACCGAUCCCGGUGUGAACUGAAACAGAAGACCUGCGGUCUACGAGUGGUCCCCGUGUCGCUCAAGAACUGCGCCACCACGGCUCACUGCGAGGCUAAUUGCGAAACCGAGCCCACCAGCUACAUCUGCGGAUCGGACAACAAACUGUAUCCGAACGAGUGCUACAUGCGGAAGGAGAACUGUGGCAAACACAUGUUCAUCGUGCCAAUGAAGCGCUGCCUGGCGGCGUUCACCUUCAAGGGCUGCUCGAGGAUCUGUCCGCAGGAGUUCGAACCCGUGUGCGGUACCGAUGGCAAAACCUACUCCAACGAUUGCUUCCUCAGCAUCGAAAACUGCCGAUCGAGAUCGCUAGUCCACAAGAAGCACGACGGACCCUGCGGAAGGCCCGAGGAACCGUCGCACAACUAUUUGUACUAAAACCUAAACAACCACAAAUGCCAACAAAUCAGUUUCUAAGACCACUUCCCAGUCCCGCCUUCCCUUCUUGUUCAUUGCCACAAGCUGUCCUUAUUUUAUAUUUCUAGCGUUAAGGCUGUUUAAAAGUAGUUAUAGGUUGUACUAAAAA